CAAAGCCCCCAACCGCGCGGGCCUGUCUGCCCGUACUGCCCUGCCCUGCCCUGCCCUGCCUGCCUUGCCUUGCCUUACCCUUGCCUUGCCCUGCCCGGCCCGAGCUCGCCCUCCCCAGCCCCCCCAGGCCCCGCCGGCUGACCACCAUGUUUCUCCGCCGGCCCCGAUGGUCCCCUAGGACGCGGGAUCCAGGCCCCUCCGGGCGCUCGUCGGUCGGCCAUCGGGGAGACUGUGGUCACCGCCCAGGAUCACGGCUGUUUUCAUCGGGGUCCUCGUGGUGCUGGCUACUGUGGCAGUCAUGAGCUGGGUCAUCGUGGCUGUGGUGCUGCCUGGCUCAGGAGAUGGGCUGUAUCCUGUGCAGGUCAGCACCGGGGACUUGCGCCUGGCAGUGUACGAUGCGGCCAAGGCGCAGUGGCGGCUGCUGUGUUCCUCCCGACUGAAUGCGCGGGCGGCCGCCCUGGGCUGUGAGGAGAUGGGCUUCGCCAGGGCAUUGACUCACGAGGAGCUGGACGUCCGGACAUCCGGCUCCAACGGCACAUCGGGAUAUUUCUGUGUGGAUGAGGAGCGGCUGCCCACUGCUGGGCGCCUGCUGGAUGCCGUGGCCCUGUGUGACUGUCCCGCUGGCCGUUUCCUGGCUGUUCUCUGUCAAGACUGUGGUCGGCGAAAGCUGCCCGUGGACCGGAUUGUGGGCGGGCAGGAUGCCAGCCUGGGCCGCUGGCCGUGGCAGGUGAGUCUGCGCUAUGACGGGACACACCUGUGUGGGGGCUCCCUGCUGGCCGGAGACUGGGUGCUGACCGCUGCCCACUGCUUCCCUGAGAGAAAUCGGGUUCUGGCUCGGUGGCGAGUGGUGGCGGGGGCUGUGACACAGACCUCGGGGCAGGGCCUGGAGCUGGGUGUCCGGGCGGUGGUCUACCACGGCGGCUACAGGCCCUUUCAGGACCCCAACAGCGAGGAGAGCAGCAAUGACAUCGCCCUGGUCCGCCUGUCUGACUCCUUGCCCUUGACUGAGUUUAUCCAGCCUGUGUGUCUCCCUGCGGCCGGCCAGUCUGUGGAGGAGGGCAGAGUCUGCACCGUGACGGGCUGGGGGAACACUCAGUAUUAUGGACAGCAGGCCGACGUGCUCCAGGAGGCUCGAGUGCCGGUCCUCAGCCACGCAGUCUGCACCAGCCCGGGCUUCUACGGGGCCCAGGUCAAACCCAAGAUGCUGUGUGCCGGCUUCACCGAGGGCGGCAUCGACGCCUGCCAGGGGGACAGCGGGGGGCCCCUCGUAUGUGAGGACACACUCUCCCAGACCCUGCGCUGGAGGCUGUGUGGGAUUGUCAGCUGGGGGAUGGGCUGUGCCCUGGCACAGAAACCCGGAGUCUACACCAGAGUCAGUGAAUUCCGGGACUGGAUCCACCACUCGAUGCAGGCUCAUGCUGAAGACGUUGGAAUGAAGGUUCAGCUCUGACUCAAACUGUGCCUCUGGUUCCCGGGGGCUGAGCCCCUCUCCAGCCCAUCCCUUGCUGCUGUUCCCCCAGACCCUCCUGUAAAUAGCUGGUGAACCCCCAGGCCAGGCUCUUCCCCCACCCCAAUUCCCUGUAAAUGUUAACUUUGAAUAAUAAAACUGGUUUGAAUUAGG